AUCACUAUGCCAUCGCCUCUUGCGGCGCAAGGCCAAACCUUUGAUAUCACUCUAAUUCCCAUUAUACCCCGCCAGAUCAAUCGAUACCGGAGGAAUGUGCGAGUUAAAACUGAAUUCAAGGCGUUCUUGGUUCAAAAAGGUCCUCUGGACUGUUCAGAGUAAGCAUGAUGGGGCUUUGAUCUUCUAUCACCCAUAUAAAAGAGUAUUCACUGAUGCCAAUGCUCGAGAUCCUGAGACUGCUGCCAAAUUAGCCACAGCUGUUGAAAAGGCGUACAAAGGAGCGUGCAAUGCAGACAUCUUUCUGCAUCCAUCCGUCGAGCUCGCGUUGGAGUUCAUGAUGCAGGCUGGCAAAGAAAUAUGGGGCUAUUACUUUGUUGACCACAAACGACGUGUCAUUUUCUGGUUCGAAGACUACAAAUCAUAUCCCCUCAUGGACGGCGUUCGAGGUGUAGAGCGGAAGAGCCACAUCAAGUAUGCACUGGAAACACAGUAUUGGACACACAUUGAACUAUUCCCAAACAAACGUUCUCUUCCGGAAGAUGUUGCCAUGGAACUCAAAGAACUUGUCAUGUAUACUCAGGCAGACGGUAUCACUUCUGCAACAUCCCUAACACGCUUUACUUCGGAUAAGAUUGCAAGUAUGCUCAGCCUUAUAGAUCUUCUUAAGGACAGUACUAACAAGGAGUGUGAGCACUCUGUAUGGAUCGCCGCUCGAUUCAUGAAAGAUCUCUGCAGCACAAAGUUCAUGAAUUUCUGUGGACAGCCAAGCGCCAGACUUGACGUAGACCAAUCGUUAUACGGAGAAUCUGACGCCUCCAAAAACAUGCUUUUUCGUGCGAUAAAUGUUAUUUUAUUUGGAUCCCCUGAUGCACAGAGCAGGGCCUUCCACAAGAUAUUAGUCGAUCAAAACAUCGUUGAUGUGCGGUGGAAGCAGUACAUAGACAAGCUGAAUAGCGACUGGAAUGGAUAUACGAUAUUCUCUACUGUGAUGCUUGCUGUUGAUAUCAGCUUUCUCGCAGUCCCAUCUAUCGAGACUCAAACGCCUGCGACCCUCCUAUCUUACAUGUCUACUCUCUGCGUCAUGGGCUCGUUAAUAGUUACACUAUUAUUGGUUGGACAUGUUAAUAAGAGUCUACGAGGCUCCCUUACGGAUGUGGUUUCUUUCUUAAUAGGAAUGACGGGUUCUGUGCUUGGCUUGGAAAGCUUUCCCUUUAUGCUCAGUCUACCGUUCGGCCUUCUGAUAUGGGGAAUAGUAUUCUUUGCUGCAGCAUUGUCUGUUGUGAUUUUCCGCACUUCUGACAUUGCCAUCAUCUCGAUCGCAUAUCCGACAUGGGUCGCCAUAGUCAUUCUAGUCAUGUGGUCUGUACUGGCUGCAAAUCGUAUUCACGUUGGGUCCCUCCUGCGGCGCUGGCUUCGCAUCCGGUACAGGAACACGAGCCAAUUCAUUGCUUACCUGUGGAACAGGAUCAUAGAACAAGUACCAGUGACUACCCCCUCUCAUGUCUAAUUUGUAUGGCCUGUCAUCGCACAGGAGUCUCUGUAGCGCGUGCAGCUUUAUAGCAUUUUGGUCGAUUUAUGCCAUACCUUUUCCUCUCGAACAUCUAUACACAGGAUGUAAUGUAAAUAUCAGCUCCGGGUUUAUUGCUCCGUCUCUUCUGCCGGUCUCGUGGCAG